UACCGGUAAAGAAUUCUGAAAAGGAGUUCAACCUUUUGGUAAACGUCAACGAAGCAGUCGCAAGUCUGCAUCAUAGUUCGCACUCCCUCUGCUAUGCCAUCCUUGCAAACCACGAGCGCUGCCGCGGUGGAAGACGCUCUCCUACGUGGAGAGUGGACACAAGCGCUCAACGACAGUCGCAACAUCCUCGCAGCGCGUAUCGUCCAGGCAAGAACAAUCUACUAUCGUAAAAAAUCCCAUCAAACGUUUCAUUUUCUCCUAAACAUUUUGCUUCAUCACAGCUCCGACAAGAUGAAAACCCAAGCAACUUAUCGACCAUGACAGCGGAAGAGGAGCGCGUGCUGUCGGUGUAUCUUCAGGCGGUGUUCGAGCUGGACUUGGACGACGAAGUAGAGACAGCAACGACCAUCGUCAAGGCCUUUGCGCCACUGCCGAGCACCGUCGCGAUUCAAUGGAGCAUAUUUUUAUUAGCCAUGAACCGCAGACCGAUGGCGACGCAGGAGCUGCGAGAGCUACUGGCAUCGUACACAGAGGAUGGAACAAUGGGGUUCAACGCUCAGCAAUAUGCCAAGGCUGCUGAAGUGCUGGCUUUACAGUUGUUGCUGCCUGAUGAAGGAAUUGAGACUGCGCGGGGUUUUGUGACUGGGGACCAUGUGCUUGAUGACUCUACCAAGCUUCAACUGCUGCGAAAGAUUCAAGCAGCGCAUUUGGCUGCUCAAGAAGCGACGAAGAAUGUUCAGACGUCUGCAGUCAACCAGACAGCAUUGGCCCAGUCAAGUGCUGUGACGAAUGAGCGAGAGGUGAAUAGCUCUUCUUUUCAAGCUGUAUCGACGGGGUUUACGGGUGUUCAACAGCAAGACGCAAAACAGGAUGACGACUCCAGUUGCUACGUGAUGAUCGGUGGCACUGCCAUUGCUCUAGCUGUCGCAGCAGCAGGAGCACUACGAUACCGCGAGAAGAUCCACGAAGCCGUUUCUAACGCUAUCCCCGCUAUUUCUAAGGGGCUCGCAGAUGCCAAAUACGCGCUCUUUGAAGCGUAACGUGGAGUGUGAAAGCACCAGACGUGUUGAGCAGGAGAAGAUAAUGCAGUAUUUAACCUCUUCGAGCAACGUUUAAGGCCCGCUUUUAUCUACAAAGCUUCUGAAAACUAUUCUAUUCGAUACUUUAAAUCUUUCUAAUUUAUCGAUUGCGCUGCUA